AUGCCGGAGGAGCUGCCUGCCAGGAGCUGCCGUAUCGGAGCUGCCUGCCGAGGAGCUGCCGUGCGCGUGCCGGAGGAGAGAGUGCCCUUCGGAGGAGCUUCCGUGCCGGAAGAGAGCUGCCUGACAGAGCUGCCGUGCGGAUGGCGCCUGCCGAGACCGCCGCCGGAGCUGCCUGUCGGGAGGAGCUUCCGUGCCGUAGGAGCUGGCCUGCCGAGGAGCUGCCGUCCGGAAAGCUGCGUGCGCGGGAGGCUGCCGUGCCAGAGGAGCUGCCUGCCGAGGAGCCGCCGUGCCGGGGGAGUGCUGGGCGCGGCCGAGGAGCUGCCUGACGAGGAGCUGCCGGUGCCGGAGGAGCUGCCUUGCCGAGGAGCUACCGUGCCGGAGCUGCCUGCCGAGGAGCUGCCCGUGCCGCAGGAGCUGCCUGGCGAGGAGCUGCCGUGCCGGAGGAGCUGCC